AUGGGUGAAUGCCCAGUUCACAAUACCCUCCGCACGGCCAACGUCGGCGGCGGUGGCACCAGGAACAAAGACUGGUGGCCAAAUAACUUGCAGCUGAACAUUCUCCGCCAGCAUAACGCGGUGUCGAACCCCUUGAACAAAGACUUCGACUAUGCCGCCGCAUUCAAGAGCCUGGACUAUAAUGCCCUGAAGAAGGAUCUACGUGCGUUGUUGACCGACUCGCAAGACUGGUGGCCUGCCGAUUUUGGUCACUAUGGUGGUCUGUUCAUCCGUCUGGCCUGGCACAGCGCCGGCACCUAUCGUGUCUUCGAUGGCCGUGGUGGUGGCGGUCAGGGUCAGCAACGGUUCGCCCCGCUCAACAGCUGGCCCGACAACGUCAGUCUCGACAAGGCACGCCGCCUGCUCUGGCCCAUCAAACAGAAGUACGGCGACAAAAUCUCCUGGGCCGAUCUGCUGUUGCUCAUCGGCAAUGUGGCACUCGAAGACAUGGGCGUCAAGACUUUCGGUUUUGCUGGUGGUCGUGCCGACACCUGGGAGGCCGACGACUCUGUCUACUGGGGUGGAGAGACGACUUGGCUCGGCAACGAUGUUCGGUACGAACAUGGCCACGAAGGUCCACAGGGGUCUGGGCACGGCGUGGUGGAUUCUGAUGAGCACAAGCAAGCGCAUUCGGACAUCCAUACGCGCGAGCUGGAAGAGCCGCUGGCAGCCGCCCACCAUGGCUUGAUCUAUGUGAACCCUGAAGGCCCCGACGGCAUCCCCGACCCUGUCGCUUCGGCCAGAGACAUCCGCACCACCUUCGGCCGCAUGGCCAUGAGCGACGAGGAAACCGUUGCCCUCAUUGCCGGUGGUCACACCUUCGGCAAGACGCACGGCGCUGCUCCUUCUGACAACGUCGGUCCCGAACCAGAGGCGGCCCCUCUCGAGCAACAGGGCCUGGGCUGGAACAACAAGCACGGCUCCGGCAAGGGUCCAGACACCAUCACCAGUGGCCUCGAAGUGACCUGGACUAGCACUCCAACCAAGUGGAGCAACAGCUAUCUUGAAUACCUCUUCAAGUACGAGUGGGAGCUGACAAAGAGUCCGGCUGGUGCCAACCAAUGGGUGGCGAAGAACGCCGAAAACAUCAUCCCUGAUGCAUACGAUGCCAACAAGAAGCACCUGCCGACGAUGCUGACGUCCGAUCUUGCGCUACGCUUUGACCCUGCAUACGAGAAGGUCGCACGUCGCUUCCUCGAGCACCCUGAUGAGCUCCAUGACGCAUUCGCACGUGCGUGGUUCAAGCUUUUGCACCGCGACCUGGGCCCACGAUCUCGCUGGCUCGGCCCGGAGUUGCCAUCUGAAGAACUCAUCUGGGAGGAUCCACUUCCAUCAGUGAACCACCCUCUGGUCGACGACAAUGAUAUCGCUGCCCUGAAGAAAGAGAUUCUGGCAACCGGUGUGGCACCUGCCAAGUUCGUGAGAACCACCUGGGCUGCUGCUUCCUCUUUCCGCGGCACUGACAAGCGUGGUGGUGCCAAUGGCGCCCGCAUUCGCCUUGCCCCGCAGAAGGACUGGAAGGCGAACAACCCACAGCAGCUGAGCGAAGUGCUGAGCGCUUUGGAAGGCGUGCAGAAGAAAUUCAACGGCGCUCAGUCAGGUGGAAAGAAGGUGUCGUUGGCCGACCUCAUUGUGCUGGCCGGAAAUGCCGCGGUGGAGAAGGCUGCCGGUGUCUCCGUUCCCUUCACGCCUGGCCGUACGGAUGCCUCACAAGAGCAAACCGACGUUGAAUCCUUCAGCCAUCUGGAGCCCAAGGUUGAUGGAUUCCGCAACUAUGGCAAGUCCACGCACCGAGUUCGCACCGAACAAUUCCUCGUCGACAAGGCGAAUCUGCUGACGCUUACGCCUCCGGAACUGACGGUGUUGAUUGGCGGCCUGCGUGUCCUAGAAGGCAACUACGAUGGCUCUUCCCUCGGCGUGUUCACCAAGCGUCCUGGUCAACUAACCAAUGACUUCUUUGUCAACCUGCUAGACACCAACACCGCUUGGAAGGCGACGGAUGCCGCCAGCGAAAUCUUUGAGGGCACCGACCGCAAGACUGGUGAGAAGAAGUGGACUGGUUCCCGCGCUGACCUAGUCUUUGGAGCCCACGCCGAGUUGCGUGCCAUCGCCGAGGUCUAUGCCUCCGCAGACGGACAGGAGAAGUUUGUGAAGGACUUUGUGGCUGCCUGGGACAAGGUGACGAACCUGGACCGAUUCGAUCUCAACACUGCGGCCGACCCUGCCAAAGCGAGGCUUUGA